CUAUCGCUACCUUCAGUCUCUUCAACAUUGGCUCGCCAACUCAAGUAAAAGUUGGAGAAGCCAGAAAAGCUGAGCGUUAUGGCUACCGGAUCUUCCUCCAGACCCUCUGACGAUCGACGACACAAUGGCGCACACAAAAUAACGGAUCGAACAGCACUCGAUCCUUGUCACAACCGAAGCAGUCCAAGAGAUAGAGAAGAAGUAAAGAGGCUGGCAAGAUAAUGUCGUUUCCACCUCCGCCGCCGCCGCCUCGUCCGCCGUCGAAUCCUUAUCCACCGCCACCAGGCUCGAAUCAUUUCCCGCCUCCACCCAACAGUGCUCCUUUUCAAUCUUCGACGCCCAACGCUCAGUCUCUGCACAAUGGGAUGAACAACCUCCACAUUGCUCCUCCAGGCAGUGCUUACCCGCCCCAACAGCAUCAUCAUCAUCAACACCAAGUGCAACAGCAGAGCUACCCAGGCCCUCCCUCACAGCCACGACCGGCUCCUCCCAUGACGCCAAUGAGGCAGCCUCGGUUUAAUCCUCCUGCUCCGUCUACUGCACCCCCAAGUCAGUUUGCUCCUCCUACGCCUACAGCGCGACCACCGCCUCCUCCUCCAAAUCAGAAUUUUGGGCGUCCCCCUCCGCCCCCUCCGAAUCAGAAUUUUUCAGCUACCCCUGCCAAUGGAAUGAUGCAGACUCCUGGUCGCGGGCCUCCGCCUCCGUCGCCACAGAUCAUGCAGCAAUCAGCUUCACCCUACCCAGGCGCACCAGCUCCUGGUUAUCCCACUCAGCAGAUGCGUCCACCGAACCAAGCACCACCGCCUCCAAGGCCUCCACCCAUGCCAGGUAAUGCCUCAAUGAGACCACCCCCACCGCCAUCUCCAUACAACAACGCUGUGCCACCUGUUGGAUAUAAUCAAGGAGCUCCUCAUCAAUCCUUUCAGCAAACUCCUGCAUAUCCAGCAACUCCAGGGGCACCAGGCAAUCGAUAUCCAGCGCCUCCUCCACCGCGACCACCCGGUCCAUCACCAAUGCCUCCUCGGCAACCACAACCUCCUCUCCCGCAAGAUCAACCCAAAAUUGACCCUUCGCAGAUCCCUCGUCCUCCCUUAUUCACAAGGCCCAACGACAAUGGUCCCUUGCCAAUUUUCUCUCCAAAGGCUGCUGCUGGCCAAUCCAACCGCCUAGGACCUCCACCACCAGCCGAUUCGCGAUACUUUGUGAAUGACGAUGGCAAUGCCUCGCCACAGCUCAUUCGGAGCAAUUUCUACACUGUCCCCAUGGACAGACCCACCUGGCACAAAAUUGGACAAGUCGACAUGGGAGUGAUCUGUUCACCCAUGGCAUUGCCUGGGCAAGAAUUUGUACCCACCAUGGGGCCUCAACCAGAGGAUGAUUCCAACGCAGCAGCAAGCUGUAAUAGACGAGCUCCUUUGGAUCCACAACGUGUUUCGUUCAUCCCUGGAGUGCCAGGAAAGGGCAAUGCGUUCAUGCCACCUCCACGCUGUCGAUCUUGUGGAGCCUACGUCAAUCCAUACUGGGACAUGAACACCAACACGUGCAAUUUCUGUGGUACACGCAACGCCAUUGGAGAAACCAAUUUCGACGUGGUUUGCCUACAAAAGGGAACGGUAGAUAUCGCAGUCGAUGGUCCAUACAUUACAAGACCAGCACCUGUACAGCCCGUCUUUUUGUAUGCUCUGGAUCUUACAUGUCAGCACGUCGAGGAAUAUGUCGUUUUGUUGGAACAAAUCGGGAUAGAUUUAGGACGGCAUUUCCAACAACAGGCCGCUCUGCAAGAACUCUGGCAGGUUCAGCAACAAAAUGGUGGCAACCAACCUUCGUCGGCGGGCCUGUUUCAACAGAGACCUAGGAUUGGUGUGUGCUUCGUGGCGUCCUUUGGGAUUGUCGUUGUGACCCCGAACGGACCACAGGGAAUGGCCCAAACACUGAUAAUGACCGAUGUCACAGAAGAACCCUUUUGUCAUCUCCCGUUGCAGGAAUGGACGUUUGACCUUUCGACACCAGAGGGAGUCGAUAAGUGGACGCAGUUCGUUCAAGAAACUCUGCUAGAGGGAGAGCUGGUAAAGAGCUUAAAAAAGCAGGCGGGGAAAAAGAACUCUUUUGGUUUGGAUGGGUAUGAAUUAUCUUGUGGGGGUGCUGCCAUGGCAUUUUGCGCAGAUGCUCUAGCCCAAACGGGUGGUCGUGCUACAUGGAUUUCCUCUCGGCGACCCAAUUUUGGCGCUGGUUUCGUUCGCCCCCGAAGCUCUGCUGGGCAGUCUCGAAAGCAACCCCCCGUUACAGACGCUGCGCCGCUCCAGGAUCUGCCUCCCAAAACGGACAAUGCACAGGACGACAAAGCAGCGGCAUUUUAUCGCCAGUUGCAAGCUACAUGUGCAAAGAGUCGCGCGGUCCUCGACAUCAUCAUUACUUCCAAUCCACAGCACGUUGCUCAUCAAUGCCUGGAUCUGUCUACGCAAGGUGAAAUUUGCCGUGCAACAUGCGGAAAACUGACUUGGAUCGUGGCGCCAGGAAUGGCGUGGAAAGAACCAUUGGUGGAAGAAUUGAGAAGACCCUUGCUGUGCUUUCAAGGGUGGGAUGCUGUAUUCAAGGUGCGAUGUUCGGCGGGGUUGCAAGUGAAAGAGUUUUUAUCGUCACCAGGGACGGAAAUGGACGCAGGCGGUCUUGCUGCAUCACCAGAACUGGACCUGUCGUGUGUCACUCCGCAAACCAACAUCGCUGUGGUGUUUGAACACAAAAUCGGGGGAAUCCCCAAGAAAUCGCCAUUCGUCUUCAUUCAAUCGGCGCUUCUGUACACGACACUCUCUGGCCAGCGGCGUGUUCGAGUUUCGACGCUGGCACUGCGUCCGUCAGUGAACGUCCCCGAUAUUUUCCUGUCGUGCGAUUUCACCUCGUUCACGACUUUAUUCCUACGUCGGGCAGUUGCCCGCCUUCGUGAGCUCGCAAAAGGGAAAACCGUGAAGGACUUGAAUGAGCUGUACAAAGAGGGAAGGGAAGAUAUGCUAGAACGAAUCAUCAAGGUUCUUGUGAGUUACCGGCAAAAUACAAACGCCAUCAAUUCACCUCGUGGACAGCUCAUUCUACCUGAGAAAUUGCAGUUGCUACCAUUAUUCGGCAUGUGCCUCUUGAAGAGCCCGAUGCUUCGACCUAGCAUUGGCAGACGAUUGGGUCCUGCCGUGGUAAUCACACCAACAAACGACGAGAGGGCCCACUAUGCCUUCCUCUCUACAAUCGUCGGGCCGGCUUCAGUGUUUUUGCUCGUCCACCCCAACGUGUUCUCUGUUGGAAAGCCUAUGCUUGAAGGUGUUGGGGACUGGGUCAAUCCUCCUGGUGCCGACAGUGCGAUGUCUGAGAUCAGUCAAGCGUCGUAUCAUUCGUUCGUGCGGCUGCCUCCGACAAUCAACGCCUCGAUGACAAGCAUCUUGGAUGACGGGAUCUAUUUGGUCGACAAUGGUCUGGUUAUCUAUCUGUUUUUCGGGAAGGAUGUCCCGAGAGAAGCAAGGGACGAGCUCUACCAUCUGCCGAUUUCGGUGUCGCUCUCUGCAGCAAACCAGACACUCACAGAUUACGGCAAGCGAGUUCGUCGCGUGGUUUGGCAGCUACGAUCUUUCUCGUCAGUGGGAACCAGUGGGAGCAGGGCAGAUGUUAGACCUGUCUUUCCACCGAUAAUCCCUUGCCAAGCAGGCAACUCUAACGAGCUUCAAUUCGAGCAGGAUCUCAUGUACUGGAUGGUUGACGAUCCAAACGGUGGAGAGAAGGAUUACACCGACUUCCUUUGCAAGCUGCAUCGUCUGAUUCGAGAGAAGAUAGAACCAAGUAAGAAAUAGUCUCGGGACAGCGUUGGUGUUGGGUGCAUAUCAUAAAACGAUUUUCAUUUGUUAGAACAGCCUUUGUAUAUAAGAUCUGAAAUUCUCUAGUA